AUGGCAAGCUUGCGGUCAAGCCCUUGGUGUUCUCGGCGUCUCAUAUGUUUCUUGAUUGCUAAUCAUGUUCUCCUACGUGUAGAGAGCACGCCGAAGACGUUUGAGGAGAUGGACGACGAGCCAAUGGCUGAUGCGGAUGGCGACCAAGAUGCUGAGCAAGACGGUUCCGAUGCUGAAGCGCAACUCGACGUGGAAGACAAUGAUGGGGACUCGGUAGCUGAGCCCGAGGAGGACAACCAAGAAUCUGAUGCUCAAUCUGUUGUCAAAUCGCCCACCCCACCGCCCGUCCCCGUCAUCAGAAAGCGACGCCUUGGUCGUCCACCCAAGAACCGACCACCCGAUUGGGACCAACUGCCUAUCGAACGCCCCGAACGCGAUCCUAACGAGACACCCAGACGACGAGGUCGAGGUGGCUACCGAGGUCGCGGAGGACGCAAGGGCCAAUCUUUUCAGCCCACGCAGCAAGCCAUCGACAAGGACGGCGCCAUGGCCGACAUCGUGGAUGACGAACUCGCUCUGCCCGAGGAUGCUGAGGGAGAAACCAAGGUCGACCGAAUGGGCAAUCUCCAAGGCGGUCGCGAGUACCGCUGCCGCACCUUCACCGUGCAAGGUCGGGGCGAUAGACUGUAUAUGUUGUCUACGGAGCCAGCGCGCUGUGUCGGCUUUCGAGACUCCUACCUGUUCUUCACCAAGCACAAACGCCUCUACAAGAUCAUCGUGGACGAGGAAGAGAAGCGCGACAUGAUUGAGCGCGAAAUUAUUCCGCAUUCUUACAAGGGCCGGUCGAUAGGUAUCGUCACGGCACGAUCCGUCUUCCGCGAGUUUGGUUCCUUCAUUAUUGUCGGCGGUCGCACCAUCAUUGAUGACUACGAGGUGGCUGCCAAGAGAGCCGAGGGGGUUGUGGAAGGCGAGAUUGCCGACCCCAACGACAGAAUUGUCGACGGCGAAGAGUACAACAAGAACCAGUACGUUGCCUGGCACGGCGCCAGCUCCGUAUACCACACUGGAGCACCUUCGGUCCCGGUUCCGAAUGGCAAGGUCGAUGUCAAGAAGAAGCGUGUCACCGUCACCGACUCGAAUUGGCAGCUUGAGCAUGCGCGCGCUGCAGCCCAAUUCAAUGCUGAGAUCGGCGCUAUCCGCCGCGCCAACCUGAAGGGCGUCUACGACAUUCACACCAACAUGGUGCAAUUUCCCACCUCGAUGCAGCCCACACGCGCUCGCAUAGAGCAGGUGGCAGACUCGUCGGCGCCUACCGACAGCAAGGUCUUUCCCCCACUGGAUCCCAAGGUGCCGCGCAACUUCAAAGUAGUCGACACCAUCAUGGAGCUGCCGCCGGCCGGUCUUGCGCCCGCUGCCUACGACCAGAACCACAAUGUGCCCGACUUCCUCAAGCCCUUCCAAGGUCUCAGCGCUAUUUCUGAUGAGAUCAAGGACCUCCUUCCGCCCGAGUGCAGAAAGCCGUUUGAGGAUGCGCUGGCUCAAGAGAAGGCGUGGAAGGCAGGGAAGGGGCCCGAGAGCGAGACGAUGCAUCGACGGCAGCCCAUCAUUGACGCUUCGGUUGUUCCCUACCAUAAGACAUAA